AUGGAUUUAAGAAAAUAUUUACAACAAAAACAUAGUCAACUUACAUGGAAAGAAAGGAUUAAGAUUAUUUCUGAAAUAAUCAAUGCACUUUAUAGAAUCGUUAAAGAAAAUGCCAUUCACAGAGAUUUACAUUCAGGAAAUAUUUUGUAUUUACGAGUUCUUGAUUGUUGGCUUAUUGGUGAUCUUGGAUUUUGUGGACCUGCUGAUAAAUCAUCAAAGUGUAUAUAUGGAAAUCUUCCUUAUAUAGCACCUGAAUUAAUUGCUGGAAGUGAACACACUUUUGCAUCUGAUAUAUAUAGUAUUGCAAUGCUUAUGUGGGAAGUCUCAUCUGGGCAACCACCAUUUAUAAAUUAUGAACAUGAUUAUAGUCUAGCAAUGAAGAUUAUUAACGGCAUGAGACCAAAAAUUGUGCCAGAAACUCCUUUAGAAUAUAAACUACUAAUGAAACAAUGUUGGGAUGCUGAUCCAUUAAAAAGACCUAAUAUAAAAACGCUUAGGAAGCAGAUAAAAGAAAUUUAUUUAUCAUAUCAAAAUAUGGAAAAUGAAUUAUUACAACCAAUAGUAUAUAAACCUAAUGGUUUAGAAACAAAUUCUACAAAUAGCAGAUUGAUUUCAAGUAAUAUUCAUAGAUUUGAAAAUUUACCCGAACCAAAGAAUGCGACAGAAGGUAUAGUUUCUUACUAUCUAUUAUAA